GGCCAGCUUGCGGUGGCCGGUGCGGUCCGUGGCUUGCGUGGUCGCGAGUUCGAGGUUUCUCCAGGCGCCGGGAUAGCCCGCUCAGGUAGCACAUCGUCUGGCAGCGACCGAAGAUUGAAGUCUGCUGGAAUACGCGCACGAGACUACAGCACUGAGGUGAACGGCGCACCUGGCCAGGAGCAGCGGCGCCGAGUCUGCCAGAAGCAGAAGCGAUAUGCCGGCGGGAGCUGUGUUGGCCAGGGCGGCCGAGGCGUGCAGCUGAGGGCGCGGCGGCUGGGCUGUACCGGCGGCUGGCAGCUGGGCUGGGCUGGGCUCGCAGCCAUGACGUGACGUGCGGAGCAUGGCCCUCACCACCGGCGUACCGCAGGUGAACGCCAAGCGCGCCACGUACCGUCAGCGGCGGAUGGGCCCUGCGCCCUUCGCCUCGCUGGAGGACCUCAGCGACGACCAGGACAGCCCGCCGCCCAGCGGGGGCGGAGGAGGCGGCAGCGGGGGCGGCAGUGGGGGCGGCAAGCUGCCGGGCAUCCGCGAGGAUCCGCAGCCGUCGUCGUCGCUGCACACGCCGUCCACGCCGCGCAUCGACAUCUCGCGCGCCAGCUCCAGCUCGCACCACGACUCCAACAACAGCUCGCCGGAGAGGGAGCUGUUCGCAGGUGAGGUGCCGUGCAAGCUGGGCCUGGGCUUCAAGGAGGACGCGGCGGACCUGCGUUCGAGCACGGAGGAGCUGGACCUGGGCGACGACGACCCGGUGGGCUGCGAGGAGCGGCCGCGCAGCCGGCGCGGCUCUGCGCGCUCCGCCCGCGCCCUCGGCAUCAAGCAGGAGGCCGGCGGCCGGCCGCGCGGGGGCUCGCUCUCCAAGUACGAGCUGGACGCCGCCGCCGCCGCCUCCGCGCACGAGCGCAAGGACUCCCUCUCCAUCGUCAGCACCGGCAGGACGUCGCGGCUCUCCUCCGUAGGUUCGGCGGCGUCGGGGGCGUCGAGCGCGGCGUCGCACCUGUCGGUGGCGUCGUCGGGGGGCGGGCGGUCGCCGUCGCCGCACAAGAUGCUGCUCGAGACGUCCUUCUGCGGCUCCAAGCCGCUGCUGGCGCAGCCCAGCAUCGAGCUGGACGAGCUGCCGCCCAGCUCCAAGGAGGCCAUCGCACAGGACGGCCCGCCGCUGCUGCUGCCCAACGUCAGCCCGGUGGUCAGCCCCGCGGAGCGCGAGCUGCUCGCCGCCAAGGAGCGCGCGCUCGCCGAGGAGGUGCGCCGCACUCCUGCCCUCUCCACACUCUGCCCUUCUUAUUCCUGUUCCGUGGUGCGCGAGCUGGAGAGCCGGCGGGCCGAGAAGCCGGCGGCGCCCGCGUCGCUCAGCCUGCCGGUGUCGCCGCCGCCCACGGGCGCCGCCCCCUCGCGCACGCCGUCGGCGUCGCCCAAGCCGUCGCGCCGCCCCCAGCGCGGCGCCCUGCGCGACGCCGACUCGCGCACGCCUUCGCCCGGCUCCGUGUCGCGCAAGAGCUCGUUCGCCUCGCUCUUCCGCAGGGGCGGCGGGGGCGGCAGCAGCGGGGGCGGCGAGACCACGCCCUCCACCGUCGUCAGCCCGGAGUCACCCACCGGCUCCACCGGUGUCCGCCGCAACAAGUCCGGCAGCAGCUUCUCCACCAUCCUGGGCGACGGCUUCCGCGAGAGGUCUCGGUCGCGCAGCAAGAGCCGCGAGCGCCAGCAGCCGGCGCAGCAGCAGGAGGCCAAGCCGCGCUCCAAGGGCGUCUUCUCGGCGCUCUUCAAGAAGAAGGACCGCAAGAAGGCCGGCCACGCCGAGCAGCCGUCUCCGGGAGACCUGCCGUCGCCGGAGUCCAGGGUGCCACAGCAGGCGGCGGAGCCACUGGCGACAGUCGAGUUCAAGUUCGACUCAGAGGCGGAGGCGCCGGCGCCAUCUGCCGCCGCCGCGGCCGCAAGCCAGCCACCAGCCGCCGCCGUGGUGCACAGGCCGGAGCGGCGCGGCAGCGGGGGCGGCGGGGGCGGCGCGGGGGCGGAGGAGGCGCAGGCGCACCGGCGGGCCGCCUCCAACAAGCGGCGCGCCAUGCACGAGGCCCAGCUGCUGCCGGCGGAGUGCCAGGGGCUCGCUGACGUCAUCGCGGGCUCCGGGCUCGACGGAAAUGCACGAAAGAAUAUUCCGAUGAUCUUCAUGUCAAAGCUGAAAAAUUACCCUGCACAUGUACUAAUGUAUGAUGAUGAUGAUGAUGAUGAUGAUGAUGAUGGUUGUACCACGAGGCAUAGUACAACAUUAGUUACCAGUCCGCCCCCGCCACCCCCGCACAAGAAGUCCCAGCAGCAGCAGCAGCAGCAGGCGGAGGAGAGGGAGGCGGGGGCGGAGCGGCCGCCGGCGGAGCCGCCGCGCCAGCAGCGGACGCCGUUCCGGUCGGAGCGCGAGCAGGAGGAGCGGCUGAGCGAGCUGCGCAAGCUGAAGCCGCGCCGCCCGCCAGAGGAGGGGCAGCCGCAGCAACAGCAGCAGCAGCAGCAGGCCAGGCCCCCGCUGGACGCGCCGCCCGCAGACCUGCCGGAGCCCGCCGGCACCGCCGAGAGGCGGGACCGACAGCCCGACACCGCGCAGGUGAUAGCGAGUGAAGCCGAGGAGGUCGCACCUGGAGCAGUGUUGCCUGCCCAGGUGGACACACAGCCAGAAGUUCAUCCGUUGCGGCCCGGUAGUGGCAGAGUUAUGGCGAUGGAGCAGACGGACACAGACUGGGCGUCACUUACUGGCCAGCGGGCCAAACGAUCACAAGCUGGAUUGCCACGGUUAAACACUGUGCGGCCGGCGGAGAGUGUGGCAGUGGUGGAGCUGCAGCCGAAGCCGCAGCCAGAGUGUGCCCCGGAGGCUGGACCUGACGCGGUGAAGCCGCCGUCGCUGGACGUGGAGGCAGGCGGUGGGCAAAUACAGCUGGGCGGCUGCAGCGUGGCCCACCAGGCGCUCUCCGAGGAGGCCUCCCCGGCUGGCAGCGCCGUCCUCCCAGCACAGCGCCAGGGGCUCGUGCUGCAGGACUCGUUCGAGGGCGAGCUGCCCUACGUGCCCACCACGCUGCCCCAGGAGCGGUCUGUGGCGGUGCCGAUCCUGCCGGUGCGGCAGAGGUCGGCGGCCGAGGUGCGCACCUACCCCAUCGAGCGGCCGCGCUCCACCACGCCCAUCAACCCGGCGCUGCUGGACGAGUACGUGCAGCACGAGGCGCCCGCGCCGCCCCCGCCGCCCGCCGAGAAGAUGCGCAUCCAGCUGCCGCGGCCGCUCGCCGCCGGCUCCGCCUCCGGCGGCCAGGACGCCGCUGCCGCCGCCGCCGCCGCCGCCGCCGCCCCCACAGACGCCGGCACGCCGCAGCAGCACGCCAGGGCGCGCAGCCCCCGCAGGACGCCAUCCGGGAGGUCGUGGUUCGAGUUCGCGGAGCAGGGCGCCGGCCUGCAGAGCCCGCGCGAGGGCCGCAAGCCGUCGCUGUCCGCGUCAUCGCCGUCGCCGCCGCCGCCGCCGCUGCCGCCGCGCGCCAACCCGCCGCCCCCGCCACCGCCGCCCCCGCAACCCGCCGCCCCCGCAGCGCGCCAGUGGAUCAACUUCGAGGAGAUCCCCGAGAAGCGCAAGCCGGCGCGCCGCAUCCAGACGCUGCCCGCCUCCACGGCGGGGCCGCCCGUCGUCUACAGCUAUGUCGAUCCAGAAGAGUGUGAGUGUGAGUGCCAUGAGACUUCUGGUGGCAAGGGUCGGUCCCACUCUGCAGCCUCCACCUCAAAAAAGAAGAAGGAAAAGGACAAGGACAAGGAGAAGGAAAGAGACAAAGAAAAGGAUAGAGAGAAAAUAAAAAGUGAUGAAAGAACAAGAAGUAGAAGCCGCAGUCGGAGCCACAGCAGGAGCCGAGAAGUGGUAGCUGGAGAUGGAAAGACUGCAAAUGUGAACAGGGAGCAGAGGCAGACGGCCCCCACAUCAUCUCCAACAGCUGAAGCUCACCACCACCAUCAUCACCAGCAGCAGCAGCCAACUGCUUCCUCCACAGGGGACCGACUGGAGGUUACAGACGUUGCUGACAGGAACUCCUACCUCAGUGACUCUUCUUAUGAAUUUCCCAAUUCAUAUUCGAUAGAUACUAGUGAUUAUUCGGAUGGUCUGAAGCCAAUGAAGCCAUUUGGUAUGGACCUGGAUGUGACUAGUAACAGGAGUAGCAUUAUUUCUCAGCAGGAUGAGACGCAGUCUCCUGAGGUGGGCUCUCCAAAUGGGAAUGAGACAAAACAUCGCCAGUAGUCACCCUCGAUUAGAAGAUGUGAGAGUGAGUGUUGUAGAAGAAAUUUAGAUACCAUCUGAACAUUAUUCUGCUGUUCUGCUCAAAGUUUGGUAUAUUAUUAAUGGCACUGCCAGUGUCCAUUUUCUGCAACAGCAUUUUUUUUAGUGUUGUGUUUAAUGAUGAUGUACAGUAAAGGCUCUACACAUACGGAAUACACACCAUUGUUUUAGCGGAGUAUUUCACUUUACAGUUUAUUUUCUCAUUUUUUGGAAUCUUUUGAUGCUGUAAUAGUUUUUACCUUAGUCAUAUUGUGUGUAAGUUUUCAGCUGUUAUGCAGGUAUAUCUAUAUUUGUUUCUAAGUUCUGAUUUUAGAAAACACAGUGAGAAGAGUGUGCUGUGUGAUCUGUACAUUAUGAGCAUCUCCAAUGCUGGAGUCUAAUAAGAAUAUGUCCCGUAAUGUUCCUAAUGAAUUCCUACAUUUGAUGUUACUCAAACUCAGUACUUGUCCUAUGCUUAAUAAAAGAAACAUACCCCUCUGUUAUACAGCUGUUAUCAAGUAAAGCAAUUGCAGUGUGAAACUCUGUAGUUCACUUUCAGAGAAAUGUGUACUAUAACACUUCUCUGUGCACCACUGCUAUCAUGAAGUUUGACUGCCUUAUAAUCUAAAACUUCUAGUAGUCAUUUCCUAGAGGAACAUUAUGACGCUUUACUUCUGUAGUAAGAACUGCACAUUACCUGCUUAUGGUGGGAGGAGGAGGAUUGUGGAAGAGGGAGAGGAAGAGAGAGAGAGAUUGAGUUUGUAAGUGUGUGUGUGUGUGUGUGUGUGUGUGUGUGUGUGUGUGUGUGUGUGUGUGAAAGAGAGAGAGACAGUGUGUGUGUGUGUGUGUGUGUGUGUGUGUGUGUGUGUGUGUGUGAGAGAGAGAGAUGGAAGAUUCUCACUUAACAUGUGUGUAAGCUUUUGGAAUAAAAUAUGAAGGUACUUCAUUGUUGACCAAAUCAGUCUCCGACUGCUGUAUGUUAUAUGUAGAAUCUCUUUGUACAAUGUAUGUAAAUUGAUAUUUAUGUAUUACACUGAUAAUAUAUGUGUGUGUAUGAUUACUGAUACAGCAUAAUGUUUAUUGUUGUUAAAAGUGUAUAAAAUGAUACUGAGUGUUUGUGCUAUUCUAAAAGUGUGUAUGUAGUAUGAAUUUAAAUAAUUUUUGCUGCUGUGGCUUGUUUCUGGUGUUUACUACAGAAGUUGAGAGAGUACAAUUUAUGUUACUUCAAGAAAGUUGUUUGAAAUAAUGUCCCAUUUUAAAAUUGACCAGGUUGUUACAAGAUGUUUCAGCAUU